AAGGCCACAUCACUCAUCCUCAAAGGUUUCGGUAUAAAAGGUUGAGACCGGCUCAGAAUCAGCAGAUCUGCACCAGAAGCUACACCUCUCUCGGACGUAGCUGUGAACAUACUCAUCUUAUCUCCACAGAUAUGUCAGGGAAGGUUAUGCCGGUGUUGGCACUGCUGGCGGCUCUGCUCGUGUGCGCUGCGGCCUCCUCACCUGAGACGACCAGCCCCCUCCAGCAGCUCCUGGCCAAGAGGGAGAGGGCGAGGGACUCGGCCCACAGACGGGAGCCGGCGCCUCAGACUCGCUCUGCACGGAUGGAGAGACGGGCACACCUCUCUGAGGACGAACGGGAGAUUAUGACCAAGCAAAUACUGAAAGCUAUUUCAGGGGUGAUGAACUCUGAGUGCAUGCCGGAUCGAGACUACCAGGGCUGGGUGGACUUCGGACGGCGGGACGCAGAGUGAGACGCCACGCUGACGACCUCAGAGCUCCCCCUGCUUUGUGUUCAUACUCUAUAUUUCAACAGGAAAUGUCUAACUGUCCCUUCAACUUUACAAUAAACUCAUUGGCUACA